AAAUUAUGUACAAUGAAGAGGAUCUGGAGAAUUCCCGCGGUGAAAAGUUGGCGGUACAUACAUGGAAACCAAGAGAUGAUGAAGGAUUUUAUGUUUUCGGCCACGAUCAUGUAGGACACGGGAAAAGUGAUGGACGAAGAGUGUAUAUUGAGAACGUGGAUGAUUAUUGUGACGAUGUUAUUCAACACUGUCUUCUUGUGAAGGAGAAGUAUCCAAGCUUGAAGCUCUUCAUUGUGGGGCACUCUAUGGGUGGGAUGAUUACUGUGCGCUCCGCCCUCAUGCAUAAGAAUUUCUUCCACGGAAUGAUCCUCAACGGUCCUCUCAUCAUUCCUGGUCCGCAGGUCCUUGGGAUGGACCUCAGAGCGUCUCCUUUUCGGACCUUUGUAAGCCGAGCUGUUCUGAAGUUUCUCAGUCUCUUCAUUCCAGAGACCCCUCUGGGUGGUCCUGACCUCCAUAUGGUGACCAGGGAUAUGGAAAUGCACAAAAUACUGAAGAAAGAUGAACUCCGAUGGACGGGAGGAUGUAAGGUUAGGCUUCUGCUUGCCUUUACAGACUGUUUAGAUGAAAAUAUAAACCAACUUUCUGAUGUCAGGACACCAUUUUUGAUCAUACAUGGCAGUAAAGAUAUUCUGUGUAAUCCUGUUGGAUCUGAUCUACUCUACAGGAGAAGUAUGUGCGCGGACAAGAAGUUUAAAGUGUACGAGGGAAGUAAGCAUCAGCUGUUCUUUGAGCUGCCCCAUGUCAGAAAUGAAGCUUUCCAAGAUGUAGCUGAAUGGAUCAAAGAAAGAACUUAAAACAUUUUAUCAUGACAAAUUAUUUAGAAAAGAAUAAAUUAAAUUUUUGAUAUUUA